GCCGCGGGGAAGGCGCUCGCUGCCGCGCCCUGGCUGGGAGGGCUUCCGAUUUCAGCAGGGCGACUUCCGGAAGGCGGAGCUCCAACCCCAUUUCCUUUCUCUGGGCCUGAGCUGGUCCCGGCUUCCCGGCUCCCUGCGGCAGCGGCAUGGGCGGCGCGCGGGACGUGGGCUGGGUGGCGGCGGGGCUGGUCCUCGGCGCCGGCGCCUGCUACUGCAUCUACCGGCUGACUCGGGGCCCGCGGCGAGGCGGGCGCCGGCUGCGCCCCUCGCGGUCCGCAGAAGACUUAACCGAUGGUUCCUAUGAUGAGAUCUUAAAUGCUGAACAACUGGAAAAACUUCUAUACCUGCUGGAGUCAACCAAUGAUCCUAUAAUUGUUGAAAAAGCCUUGGUCACCCUGGGUAAUAAUGCAGCCUUCUCAGCUAAUCAAGCCAUUAUUCGUGAGUUGGGUGGUAUCCCAAUUGUUGGAAACAAAAUCAACUCUCUGAACCACAGUAUUAAAGAGAAAGCUUUAAAUGCACUAAAUAACCUGAGUGUGAAUGUUGAAAAUCAAAUCAAGAUAAAGGUAUAUGUCCAGCGAGUCUGUGAGGAUGUCUUUGCGGAUCCCUUGAACUCUGCUGUGCAGCUGGCUGGACUGAGGCUGCUCACAAACAUGACCGUCACCAAUGACUACCAGCACCUGCUCAGCAGCUACAUCGCAGGCCUGCUCCACCUGUUACUUAUUGGAAAUGGAAGCACCAAGGUUCAGGUUUUGAAGCUGCUUUUGAAUUUGUCGGAGAAUCCAGCCAUGACAGAAGGACUACUGAGUGCCCAAGUGGAUUCUUCAUUUCUUUCCCUUUAUGAUGGCCAAAUAGCAAAUGAGAUUCUUCUUCGGGCGCUUACUCUGUUUCAGAAUAUAAACAAUUGCCUCAGAGUAGAAGGCUGCCUAGCUAGUCAGCCUCCCUUCGCUAAGGGCUCAUUGUUCUCCCUGUUGUAUGGAGAAGACUGUGCCCAGAAAAUGAGAGCUCUAGUUUAUCACCAUGAUGUGGAUGUCAAAGAGAAGGUUUUAGCAAUAAUGCCAAAAUUCUGAUGGGUUGCUCCUACUUGUUCUAAGAGUAAUGCAAUCUUAAGUCAGCACACAGGAACUUAUUUUCUACCUUCCUUUAAAAGGAUCAUUUCAGCUGAUGGAGUUAAACAAUAAAAGUUGUAUUUUGUUUUUAACACAGUUCAGGGUGAGCAGCUGUACUCCAAGAUGAUUUUCAAAAUUUGGGUUUUUGUUUUUUUUUUUUUUCCUUCUUUUGAGACAGGGUUUCUCUGUAUAGCCCUUGACUGUCCUGGAACCUGCUCUAGACAAGGCUGGCCUCGAAUUGACAGAGAUCUACCAGCCUUUGCCUCCCGAGUGCUGGGAUUAAAGGCAUGUACCACUACCACCUGGCAAAAUUUUGGAUUUUGGAGUACAGAUUUGGGUUUGGGGAUUAGGUAUGAUCAGCAGGUGAAGUCGACAAAUACUCCAGUCAAACACUCAGGAUGUGACUCAUUUCUGGGACAAACAUUUAGUCAGGUUUAUUUUGAAUGAUCUUACUGGCAUCAAAUGAAUAUGAGAGAUUGUGCUGGAGAUAUUUAUGGAGAUGUUCAAUAGUUCCCUCACAUGGAAUGAGUGGCCUUUCUCUGUACAAUCCUAACUCCUGGAAGUGGUUCUCUGUUGCUCAUCAGACGGCUUUAGGUGCUGAGUUGAAGACUAGAACUGCCACAGCAAGGACCCUGUGCUUCAGCGAUACCCAAGCUCAAGCACCCUUGCCAACCCCACCUACUGCCUGCAGGUCUUUGUUCAUCGUCAGAAUCUUCCCUCACUUCUGAUCAGUGAAACCAUUUCCAUUUACAGGGAAAAUGUUUUCUCAGUACUCACCCCCAUGUAUAAGGAUGUGUAAAAUAUUGGAGAGCAAUCCAAGUUUGCACCCACAGGCAGCUGGCUAAACCAAGUAGCUGCUCUUUAAAAAAAAGGACCUGAGUGAGUCUGACUGUACUCAUGUAGAAAUACACCCAUGAAAUGGAUGUUUUUAAAAGCAUGUUGUAAAGCAAUGUAUUAUGGUUCUGUGUAUUUUUUUUAACAACGAGAAAUACAUUUAUACAUGGACAGAACUUUUCUAGAAGGAUACAUAAAACUUCUGGGCAUAGGACUGGGAGGUGAGUACAUUGGAUUUUCUGUGUGUACCCAUUUCUACUGUUUGAAUUUUUUACUGAGCAUAAAUGUAUAAUUUUUUAAUAAAAUCAAAAAAUGCAAGGGUGUACAAAAUUUCUUCCCCCAUUGACAUUAUUUUACUAAUCUUCAUCCACAUUUUACUUGACUAAACUUACAAUAUGUAAAUUUUUUUUCAAAUUUAUUUGUAUGAGUGCUUUGCCUGCAUGUAUGUACAGGCACAAGGUCAGAAGGCAUUGGAACUGGAGUAGUGUGGUUGUAAGUCACCAAAUAGGUGCUGGAAACUGAACCCAAGUCCUCUACAAGAGCAACAAGUGCUUUUAGCCACUGAGCCAUCUCUCUAAGCCCCUAUAAACAUUUUUCAGUUAUCUUUUCAAAUGAUUCUUUCCCAGGAGGUUGGAGUUCAAUAUCUUUGAAUUCAGCCAGGUUGUACUGUAUGAGUCCAUUCCGCCUUUGUGCUUAGCAUUGUGUGUGCAAACAGAAGUGUCACUGUGUGUGAGACAAAACUUUAGGAGUACUUCAGAACACACUGUAAAGAUGUGAGUAGUAGAGUGUUUGCAUGAAUCACAAAUCCUCAACCUGAAAAAUGUGUUGGAAGAAUCUCUUUGGAACAGGGAAAACUUUUAAGGUGAGACUAGAAAUCUGCGGUGUACUGGAGGAGCACUAAGCCAUGAUGGUUAACAAUACUUUAACUUGCUGAUGGCACAGCAUUCAAGGUAUUCUCCAAAAGGCACAUUUCUUCAUAACAAUUUUUUAAAGCUGCCUUUUUAAUAAAAGUGGGUGUUGAAAAGGUUGUAUAGGAGCCAGGGUGUUUGCAGUGUGCUUUCACAGUUCUGGGUCUAGAAGCUCCUUGCCCCUCUUAUCUCCUCCGUCAGUCUGAAGAACCAUACUUGCCAGCAGCUAGCUGAUUCUAAUGUGUCAGGGGGCUGAGUGGGUUGUCACACAGCUACCAAGGAAUAGUGAAACAUACAAAUAGGCUUCUCUUAAUGCAGAUCAUAGCAUACCAAACAAGGAACCACCCUCAAAGGCAGUUAGUCAUAUCAAAGGAUUUCUCAGGGAUGAUACUCAUCAAAAAGGAACAUGAAAUUGACCUAGAAGAUAGAUAGUAUUUACAAUGUAUAUUAGACUGACAAAAGAGAAUAGAUUUUUCAAAAUUUAUUUUCACUUUACACAUACAUCCUUUGAAAUGUAGAUUAGAAAAAUAAAGUGAAAAUAGGGUGGUUGUGUUAAAGAGAUGUGAUGUACUUCAUAAUGAAUGGGCCUUAUACAGAGAAAGAAAUCAUGAGGAAGCAUAGAACAAGGAGGUGGGCCCAGUUCAGGGGACUAGAAAGCAAAGCACCUGGAGAGCCUCAAACAGUGCCUGUGGAGACAAAAGCAAUGUUAAGGCCAUUCAUGGAGAAAUACUUGAGCAAGUUUAUCAACGGCUGGAGAGAAUUUUGAGUAUGACAAGAUGGCUGCAAGGGUGCCCGGUGGAGCACUGUCCCCCGAGGCUGUAUCCACAGCCUACUGUCCGGAUUCACAGCCAUUUGCAGCGGAGAUUACUGAAGCUGAGUCUAAUGGUAUCUUGGGCUUUGGACUCCAAGUCACUUUCACUAUACACACAAUAUUACAAUACACAUUUCCCCUUGACUGAUACGAAUAUUUUAUAUAAAAAUAUUAAAUUCUGAUGAUCGUUUAUAUUGGCUAUUUCCCUCUAAGGUAAGUCCAGUUUGGUGUUUGCAACAAAAAAAAUGUAUUAUCAAAAGCAUUGCUUGCUUUCCAUGUACCUGUCAGUAUCAGACAGUCAUAUCUUAAAAUGUUUUCUCCCUUAGAUUUCUAAAGUGCUGUUUUAAAAAAAAAUAUUACUUUCCCCUCGAGGUAGGUUGACAUUGUCCUCUUGUCGUACAUAAUGAGAUCGGGGCUGAACACAAGCCAUUUGUUUUGGGGUAAUCAAAUCAGUGACAGAAGGGUGAAAUUCCGAUGAGAGACCAAGGUGUGGCAUGCGUACGCCCAUGCAAAUACAUCAGAGUAUUGAGUACUCCCUACAUACUUGAUAUCUAGAGAAAGCCUACUGUGUUUUGUGCCAAGGAAGUGGAUUUCAUUGGUCAGAGUCAGAAGCACCCUCACUAACACCUGGGCAGCUCACUUCCUGAAGGUUCACAACAAACCUGCGGAUGCAGAGGCAUACUGGCCAAAGACUCUGGUCAGCAGACACUCAGAAGCUUUAAAAACAACUGUAAUUUCACAAUGGCUUACUAAAAAGUACAAUUGUGCUUAUAGGUCAUUUAAUAUAAAAAUAUGUAACACAUCCAAGUCAUGUAAAACAUUGUUAUAUUUGGGGUUAGAGCCUAGAGAACAGGAAAAAGUAUAUCUAUAUAUACACACACACACACAUAUACAUGUAUAUGUAUAUAUACAGAAAAUGGAGAAUGAAAAAAAUAAAACAAUUCCAAGUGCAUGAUGUAUUCACAUUUUGGUGUGUGAAAUACUUCACUGUAAUUACAGUUGUGCUUAGCAGAAUGUCUGACUUUGGAAUUUAAACUUCCCCUACGUCUCAACCCCACACUGUUCUCUUCUCUGACCGUCAGCUUUUAACUUGGGGUGCAGCUGUGUAGAUAUUGCCCUCUUAGAAACUUAAGAUGUGCAUGGAUGCAGAAGAAUGUGAAUUGUUAAUGCCAAGGAGCUUCUUUUCACUAUAGUUAAAAUUAUAAUUUUAUGCAAUGUAUAUUUGGCCACAAUAAAAAAAUUUUAAAUGAUAAUUUAGCCCAAACACCUACGUUCUUAUGCUUAACAAAAUAAAUCACUUAACAUUUGGCAUGUAAGCUAAUGUUUCCUCCUGAGACAGGGUCUUAGUUGUAGCUCUGGUUGACCAUGAACUUGUCAUCUAUCUGCCUCAUCCUGUGGAGUGCUGGGAUUGUAGAUAUGCAUCACCAUGACCGGCAGUUCAUCCUGACAGUAAAACCUGAAGCAUUUACUCAGCA